AUGUCGCUGGCGCUCAAGGCCCGGCAGAAGGCGAGGCGCAAGGGCGGCGCCAAGGAGCGGGUUUUCGGCUGCGACCUCCUCGAGCAUCUCCAGCAGUCGGGGCAGGACGUGCCCCAGGUGCUGAGGAGUUGCACCGAGUUCGUGGAGCAGCACGGGGUGGUGGACGGCAUCUACCGGCUGUCGGGCGUCUCCUCCAACAUCCAGCGGCUGCGGCAAGAGUUUGACAGCGACCGCUGCCCCGACCUGCACCGGGACGUCUACCUGCAGGACAUCCACUGCGUCAGCUCGCUCUGCAAGGCGUACUUCCGCGAGCUGCCCAACCCGCUCCUCACCUACCAGCUCUACGACAAAUUCGCCGAUGCGGUGGCCAUCCAGAUGGAGGAGGCACGCCUGGUGAAGAUCAAGGAGGUGCUGAAGGAGCUGCCGGCGCCCCACUAUAGGACCCUGGAGUUCCUGAUGAGGCACCUCCUGCACAUGGCGUCCUACAGCAGCCAGACCAACAUGCACGCCAGGAACCUGGCCAUCGUCUGGGCCCCCAACCUGCUGCGGUCGAAGGACAUCGAGGCGACGGGGUUCAACGGCACGGCGGCCUUCAUGGAGGUGCGCGUCCAGUCCAUCGUGGUGGAGUUCAUCCUCACCCACGUGGAGCAGCUCUUCGGGGAUGCCCCCCUCUGCGGCGGUGAGGCGGCGCGGCGCUCCCGGCUGCUCCCCGGGGACGGGCAGGCCCCCUACCACGUACCGGCCGUGCUCAGCCAGGGCGACGGGCCCCCCCCGAUCCGGCCCUACCACACCAUCAUCGAGCUCAGCGAGCACAGGAGGAAGGGUUCCCUCAAGGCCAAGAAGUGGAAAUCCAUCUUCAACCUGGGCCGCUCCAGCCACGAGGCCAAGCGCAAACUGGUGAAGGCGGAGGAGAAAGAGGACAAGUGCGGGAAGCUGAGCUUGCGGCCGGCCAAGAGCAUGGACUCGCUCAGCUCCGUGCCCUUCAGCAGCGAGGCAGAGGACCCCCGGCUCAGCACCACGCGCUCGGUGAAGCAGCCGCCGCAGCGCAGGGAGAGCUUCGACACCUGCCCCUCGCCGGCGCCGGCAGAGCCCUUCCCCGCGCUGGAGGAGAGCCCCGAGGAGAAGCUGAAGGCGCAGGAGGAGCUGCGGGGCCCCGAGUCGGAGGGCGAGAGCGGCGCCAAGUCGGAGCCCACCACCCCCAAGCCGGGCCGGGCGGCGCUGGUGGGGGCUGGCGGGGGCCGCUCGCCCGCGGCCACCCGCAACCGUGCCGAGAAGUGCGCGGGGGUGCACAUCUCCGGCCCCUUCUCUGUCACCGUCCCCUUCCACAUCACCUCCAACCUCUCCCGCCUGACGCGGGGGCAGCCGUGCCCGGCGCUGGCCCAGCUGGGCUCUGCUAGCCCCCCACCGCCCACCCGCCGCAGCGCCGGGGAGCCCGCGGCACCCGAAAACCCUGCGGGGGAGGUGAAGGCGGCGGAGGAGACGCGGCUGUCGCUGGAGCUGCGCGACUCCUUCGCCUUCCUGGACAGCCAGGACACGUGGCUGGAGCACGGCGGGGACGGGGACCCGGCGGCGCGGGCCCUGCCGGGGGGCAGCGACCUCGAGGACGGCGACGGGUUCCUGGCCCUCGAGGAGGGCAUGGAGAGCGGCUUCAUGAAUCCGGGGGAGCCCCCCGCGGAGCAGCCGGCCAGCUACCUCUCCAUCGAGGAGUGCAUGGACGAGGAGCUGUUCUACAUGGCGCCCAGUGGCUCCGACGCCGAGGACGCCGCAGGGGACACCGACUCGGACGACAUGUUCCUCAGCGCCCACGACGAGCUCAGCCCGCUGGCGGCCGAGCCCGAGCCCCCUGCCGAGCCGGGGGUGGGCACGGGCACGGCGCUGGGGCCACCAGCACCGCACAGCCCCCCGGUGCCGCGGGACAGGUCCCCAUCGCCGGCGUCGGUGGCACCGUGCCCUGCGGGGGAAGCAGCUCCGGGUGCCGGGGAGCACGCAGCAGACCCCGCUGGGGAUGUGGCGGAGGAGGGGGCAUCAGGCCAGCCCCUGGGGGAAGAAGAGGAGCAGGCUGGGGGCAGCGGGGUGGGGAAUGCCGGUGGCAGCUCCGGCCCGGGAAGAACUGAGGCCAGCACCGAGACGGGGCUGGGGGCUGAGGCUGCACCAGCCCCGGGCUGUGUAGGAGCGGAGCUGGCUCCCGAUGCCCCAGACGGGGAAGCAGAAGAAGACGGGGCCGGCGCUGGGCCCCCCACACUGGAGCAGCUGGGGCAGGGGGAGCCCCAGCCUUCACAGGGGUCCCCCCCACCCCCCCCAGAUGAGGAGCCCCCCCUGCAGCCUGCUGAGCCUCCCGUCCCCGAGGCUCCCUCUGAGGCUCUGCCCCCCCCAGGGGCCAGCACGGAGGGCUCGGGUCCCCCCCCGGGGAGCACCCCCAUCGCCGCCACCCUGCAGCGGGGGGAUGCUCCCCAGGCCGACCCCGACCCCGAGCCCCCCCCCGGCGGGGCCGUGCUGCGCCGCGACGGCAGCGCCCCGGUGCGCCUGGCCUCCCGCCUCGUGCGGGUGCAGCAGGCCCGCUCCGUCCCGGUCGUGCCGCCCAAGCCCCAGUUCGCCAUCGUCCCCCCGGCCCUGCGGCCCAGGACCCUCCCGGCUGACGGUGCCAACGGCGUCCCGGCCGGGCCGGUGGCGGCGGAGGAGCAGACGGCUCCCGGCAGCCCUGGGGGGGCGGCGGGGCGGCGUGCGGGCUGGCGGGAGGGCGGCAGCGUCUCCUUGGACGACGCCGCGAUGGCCGAGCGGCAGCUGGUGCCGGUGCGGAGGAUCCAGACGUACGGCGGCGAGGAGCAGCCGCCCGCCGCCCCCAAGGCGCUGCCGUUCCAGCGGGCCCCGCUGCGCCCGCGCCUGCUGCGGCCGCUCAGCUGCGUGGCUGCCCCCCAGGGCCCCGCCACCCGCGGCUGGCCGGGCCAGGCCCAGGACGACGGGGCAGCCCGGGGCACGGCGCGGCGGCCGCUGGGCGCUGAGGGGGCGGCAGGCGAGCGCUGA